CAAAUUCAGGGUGAGGAUACUUGUAAGUAGUUUUUUUAUUACGCUUAAAGGCAAUCACCUGAAUGCAGGUAUUACUUAAUUUCUUCAUGACAUUGUUAUAUAUACAUGUACCAUUUUCAGACACAUUUUGAAGAAGAUUUGCAGCAGACCAGAGAGGAAUUUGAAGAAAAAGGUUCUGAUUUUGUGACAAAUGAAAUCUCAAAGGAAAGUUCAGGGACAGAUAUUGCACAAAAAGAUGCUGUGUACGGUUUCCUUGCCAAUUCAGAAAAACUGAAGCUCUUUCUAACUUGUGAAAAAUGCAAAGAGGGAUUCGACAAUGACAGAAAACAGCCACUUCUGUUGCCUUGCUUGAAUGCCGUGUGUAAACAGUGUGUUUCUCAUGUUUGGGCAUCACACAAUACAAGUUUUGAAUGUCAAAUUUGUCAGUGUGUCCAUAUCUGCUAUGAAAAUGGGAACAUCAUCUUACCCCAUGAUGGUACGAGGAGAGCUGUAUUGGAAAUCUCUCGUUUGUUAAGCGGAGAAUCCAGUAUCAUUUGUGAGAUGUGCACAAAUGAUCGAUUAGCAUCUCACCGUUGUUUUGACUGUUCAUAUUUCAUUUGUUUGGACUGUACUAAAUUGCAUUCCAGUUUGAGAACAUUAAAAUGCCAUUCUUACACUUCAAUGGAAAAUCUUUUGGAAAGGGAAAUGGGAAGCCUUAGUAUGUUUUCUGAUAUCACAUAUUGUCCUACGUCAGGUCAUGAAAAAGAAAUGAUGAAAAUGUUUUGUCGUACGGAAUCUUGUAUGAAACCAGUGUGUAUGAUAUGUGCCAUAAGUGCUCACAGAAAUCACAUUAUAUGUGACAUAGCAGAAGUAGCAAAUGAAAAGAGAAAGAAAAUCCAAAAACUGAAAGAAAGUGUACAGCAAAUAGAAAAACAGUCACAGGUAUCUUUGUCACAGCUGACCGAAAUGAGUGAGACUAAUAUCUCAGAAUCUGAAGGUAUUCAAAAGGAAAUCGCAGCAUGUUUCAUCAAAGCAAAAAGGAUUUUAGACCAAAGAAAAGAUGAACUCUGCAAUGCUGUAGCACAUCAACAGUGUGAUAAAGAAGCACUUAUAGGGAUGGAAAAGACACGAUUGAGUAAAUUUGUCGAGUCAUGCUUACAGGCAUGUCUUUAUGUUGACAUUGCACCUCGUAUCAAUAAGCAUCUGUCUCUGUAUAGCAUUUCCAAAUCAAUGGAAGUGCGACUGGAAGAUCUUCAAUCUCAGUCACCUGGAUGUCAAGUCACUGUAGAUACCGUGAAGUUUAUCCCAAAAGAAUUGGAUUGGACUUUUGAAAGAGCUGCAGCAAGCUUUGGUAAACUCAUGGUUACCAAGGCAAUUUCUUUAAAAUCCAAAGCAUUGAUAAAGCCUUCAGUUUGUUACGUUGCCCAGGAAAGUACUUUUCAUAUUAUACUAGUCUCUUCACUGGGAGAUAUGAUACAUGACGAAGAAGUGCAGGUGUACCUAAACCUCAAGGGAGACAACUACAAAAUUAUUCAGUGUGUCUUUGACAAAUUGUCCAGCAGUUUUGUUGGGAAUUGGAUUCCAGACAUGCCAAUGCAGCCCUCAUGGAAAGUAGUUAGUAAUGGCAUCGAGAUGGAAACCCUCAAAGGGGUUCUACGGAUCAAGGAAAACUGUGCUAGUGGUAAUGAAAAGGCAACGUCGCUUCAGAAAUCAUUGAGUAAGCCAUCAGAGCAAGUAGAAAUCAAAACCAAAGAAGGUCUAGCGAUAAAAAUUUACACAGGCAGCAUCACCCGCUUAGAAGUAGAUUGUAUUGUCAAUGCAGCAAAUGAAAACCUUUGGCAUGGAGGAGUUGCAACUGCAAUAUCUGAGGCAGCUGGUUAUAAAUUUGAUGAGGAAAGUAAGGACUAUAUAGCAAAGAAUGGUCCAAUACCAGUAGGAAGUUGUGGUGUGACAUCUGCUGGCAGAUUACCAUACAAAUGUGUUAUCCACACAGUGGGACCGAGGUGGUUUGAUUAUAGAAACAAAAAUCAGUGCUUGGAUGAUCUCUGUGAGUCUGUAAAGGUCACCUUCAGAGAAGCAGACAGACUGAGGAUGAGGUCAAUUGCAUUACCUGCAAUAAGCUCAGGUAUAUUUGCUGUUCCUAGAGAUCAGUGCAUUGAACAGUAUCACAGAGCAGUGAUGACAUUCAGCAGAAACUAUCCAUUCCAGAAUCUUCAGGAAAUCCACUUUGUUGACAGAGAUCCUUCAAUGGUUGGUGCAAUACAGGAAUUAUUCAAACAGAGAAGAUCACCAGCCAAUCAAAAUGAUCUGCUCACAGUUGAUGACAAACUUUCACCCAUCCACAAAAAGGACCAGUUAUGGUGGAUCGAUCAUCAUGGGUUACUUAAUACUGUUAAAGCAACACACUCUGAAUUGAUAAACCUUAAAGAAAUACAACUUGUGCUGAAAUAUGAAGCUGCGGAGAAGGCAUAUCUGGACAGUUUUGAAGACGGGGGCUUUCAAAUUAUUCCUAACACUGUUUUGAAGACUGGGCAGUCAAUGAGUAGUAAAGAUUGGGGCAAAACAAUAAAAGGCUCCAAUCUAUCCAAAGAACAAGAAAACUGCUGCAUCUGCAUGGAUUUACCAACAAAACCAAAACGGUUACAAAAAUGUGGUCAUAUAUUCUGCAAGGACUGCAUUGAACAGUGUUUUAAGUACAAGCCAGCAUGUCCCAGUUGUGGCGAGUUUUAUGGCAAAGUGAUGGGAGACCAGCCUCCAGGGUCCAUAUCAAUGAAGAAAGACUACCAGAGAUUGGAAGGUUUCUAUGACUGCAGUAGUUGUAUCAUUGUGACAUACUCAUUUCUCAAUGGAUCUCAAGGGCCUGAGCAUCCAAAUCCUGGACGGCAGUACAAAGGAAUAGUUCGCUCUGGUUACGUUCCUAACAACGAGAGAGGAAGGCUGGUGGCUAAGCUGCUCAACAUAGCAUUCAGCAGACGAUUGGUUUUUACCAUUGGUCACUCUCGCGUUACAGGCCAGGAUGGAGUCAUCACCUGGAAUGAUAUACACCAUAAAACCAGACCCACUGGAGGACCAGAAAGGUUUGGGUAUCCAGACAAUACAUAUCUUGACCGCGUAUUGGAGGAGUUGGCGGCAAAAGGAGUCACUCCAGAGUCAGCCGAUGAUCCACUGGAAUACAGCGAGUACUCGAAGUUUAUAAAGUUAUAUGGCUAAAUUAUCAAACAGAAACAGUGACAGCACUGAAAACCAACUGUUUAUUCACAGUAUCCAGAUAGAUGACUUCUUAUUGGAAUACAACUGAUAAUUCAUAUUGAUUUAUAUGUAUAAUAUUGAUUUAUAUAAUGAUUUAUAUGAAUAAUGUUAAUUUAUAUGAAUAAUAUGAGAGUUUAAAAGCACUUGUCCAUGCAGUGAAAUAAUAGUUUUUGUUUUGUAGCAUUAUUUAGAUAUAGAUUUGUUAAUCUUGAGUAAAUUCAUGUAAAAAAAUUCCAUUUGUUAACACCUUGUGAGAAUAGAAAAAUUGCCUAAACAUAUUCAUCAUUUUAUUCUAAUAUGCUGUACAAAUAUUUUGCUGAUUGUUCAGGUAUUAUUCAUAAUCCAAAUUACAUGUAAUAUAUCUUGGAGUAACAUGACCGGCCAAUAUUCAUAAAGUCAGAAUUAAAAGUUUUUUUUACUGAAAAUUAAGUUAUAUAAUUAUGCAUCAAUGUGAUGAGUAGUGAUGGUGAGAGAAAACAUAUUUACGUGUAAAAACAGAAUUUUGGCAUGAUCCAUUAAAUGGCAAAGUUUUAUGAUAUUCAUGCCUGAAAUUCAACCACCAUCAAUGUGAGCAGUUGCAAAUGUUAUUUUCAGCCAGUCUACGAGAUCUUCGAUUUGCAACACACAAUAUGGCUUAGUGAACCUAUUUUCUAACGUGCAGAAACGCACUGAAUGAUCAUUGGCAUAAACACAUCAUUUUAUUGUAGUAAUAUGUUGUACAAUAUUUUGUUGAUUUUCAGAUAUUUAUGAUAUUGAGGACUUCUGGCAGUCUCAGAAAUAUCUUUCAAUUUCAAAUCAGGAGAUAUUAAUGUUAUGAUUUCUGUCUUGCAAUAUAGAUAAAAGCUUAAAAUGUAAAUUUGACAAACUGAGAAAUUGAAUAUCGAUUCCUUCACUCUGUAAAUCAUGUAUAUGUUCAUUCAAUGUUGAUUUAUAUAAAUGUUUUAGCUCACCUGAUCUUAAAGAUGAGGUAAGCUUUUCAGAUCAAAACGUUGUCUGUUGUCCAUCCGUGUAAACUUUUUAGAUUUUUUACUUUUCUCAAGAACCACAAGGUCAAUUUCAACCAAAUUUGGCACAAAACAUGCUUGGGUGAAGGAAAUUCAGGUUUGUAAAAAUGAAGGAUCAUACCCCCUUCCAAGGGGAAGAAAAUUCAACUGAAAUAUAGAUGGGGAAUUUUUUUUCUGAAGAACUACCGAAUUAGAAUUGCAUGUAAACUUCCUUAUACCAGUUUAAUGAAGAUUUAAGAAAUAAUGAUGCCACACUGGAAUCAUAAUAGAAUAUUAACAUUUUACAUUGGGCUAUAUAGGAAAAUACUUUAGUGUUGAUUAUAGUUUGUUCAUACAUGUAUCAUGACCGCACCCCCCACCCCACCCCACCCCCAGCACCUUGUUGGGGCCACAGGAGGGAAGUGAACUAUUGCAUAUAUUAUAGGAAUAUAUUUUAAGAAUAAUAGUAGAGUUCAAUUUGUCAAAUUGACAUGCAAACAUCCUCUGUUGUACAAAUUUUUGGGUUUAGGUGGUUCAGAAUCUUACACUGGAAUAUUAUCAGGAACAUUCUUCGAAAAUAAUCUUAAAAACCACCAAGAUACCGUACAUGUGUAUGGUGAAAUUAAUAUGUAAGAGUCCUUAUAAAGUGUAGAUUUAAGCUUGCUUGUUCCUAAUAUGAUGCCAGGGGCCAGGAUGGGGCUCCAGCAAGAAUUUCAAAUUUUACAUCGGACUGUAUGGAAACCCUUAAAAAUUGUCAACUUGAUAAGUAGGCAUUCUCAUGUAGUGUAGAUUCAAAUUUGUAACUAUCAUAGCUCCUUAGUUCAGGGUUUAUGUUGGAAAUGGAAUAUACUGGAUAAUUCUUUACUACAAGAAAACAAAACGUCAAAUUAAUUUGAGAGAACCCUUAUGUAUAGUGUAGAUUCGAACUGCAUCAUGCUUUGUAUGACAAGGGUGAGACCAUAUAUUAAAGUGGAACCUAAUGAUAUGAAUAAUUAUUAUGAAUAUUUUUCUGAUUUUUUUUUAACUUCUUAUUGUAUCUUUUUAAUGUAAAGCGCUAAUUGGAGAUUUUAAAUUGAUUAGAGUGCUAUGCCAAUGCUAGGUUGAAUCCUUUAUUAGGGUGCAAUACAAAUUUUAGUAUUAUAUUGUAUCAUUACAAUUUGUAAAGACACCGACACCACAAUAUUUAAGAAAUGUAAAUUCAACGAUUUCUUAUUAUAUCUUGAUUAUAAUGAAUAUUCAACUGAUGAAUAAAUUAUUUCAUGAAGCAUGUACAUCAUACACUGUGCCAUAAUGGGUUUGUUUUUUGCAGUUUUUUUAGUUGGAAAUAUUACUUCUUUACACAAUAAAUAGUUCAAACGAAUGUAUUAUUUGUAAUUUUUUGUUUGCCUAUCUCUAGACAGGAUUGUAUUGGUACAGCAAUGUCGGUCUGUCCAGGUUUUCUGCACAUUUCUCUCAUAUGCUUGCACAGAUCGAUUUUUAUGGAAAUUGUAAGUUACUAAAACCGACAGUUAUGGGGCUUUUUGGUAUCUGGGUAGCGCAGAAGUAGCACUCUCACGUCUCACUGUUGUGACCCCGAGUUCGAACCCCAUGAUCGGCAGUGGUAGUUUGUGGUCGCCCACUCUGACACGUGGGUUUACUCCGGGUAAUCUGGUUUCCUUCCACAUAAUAAUCCCCUAGUGCCAACAUCCGUACAUCAAAAGGACCCCAUUGGAAAUUUUCAAGCUUUGGAGAUUUGAUGGGUUAUCCUUGGUAUUUAUGUAUGCAUAUUUGUAUGUAUGUAUGUACCAAAUAAACAGUUAUUUACC